GAGCCGCCAAAAGAAGCAACCGCGUUUUCGGAACGAGCUGUCGAGUUCUGCCUGUCCCCAAGCCGUUCUGGUGUGUCCUAGGUGUUGGUCGCUAGCUGCUUGGAGGUUUGUCGCCGCAGGAUAACGCGCAGCAGGAUCGUCGUCGUCCGGAGACGCAGCACCCCACCGUCCGCGUGCCAAGCUUGUCCCCGUGUCGGUCGCUUUAGAAAGGCAGUUUCACUUCACAAGCGCCACUCUCAUCCUCGCUUUGCUGGUUCAAGCGCGCCGCCGUACAGAAAAGGACGAAAAUGCAGGCCCGCAGCGUUAUACUGAACGCCAAACAGACCGUCGAUGCGCUGCGCACGCUAGUCGUUACAGCCUCGCCCAAGAAGUCCCUCACGAAGGCAGCAACAUCUGCUGCUGUGCAGGUCAUCCAGGCUCGAGACUACCAUGAGGUGACGGGUGACAUCAUCGUGCCCUCGAUGGUACAGGGCAUCGAUCAUCUGCGCGAUCCGCGUCUCAACAAGGGCCUCGCGUUCACUCUGGAAGAGCGCCAGAUCCUUGGCAUCCAUGGGUUGCAACCGGCCCGGUUUAAGUCGCAAGAGGAGCAGCUGGAGCUGUGCCGUAUCUCGAUCUCGCGUUAUCAGGAGGAUCUGAACAAGUACCUGUACCUGGUGGACCUGCAGGACCGUAACGAGCGGUUGUUCUUCCGCCUGAUCUCGGAGGACGUCGAGAAGAUGAUGCCGAUCGUGUAUACGCCCACCGUGGGUCUGGCGUGUCAGAAGUUUGGGUUGAUCUACCGGCGACCACGUGGUCUGUUCAUCACGAUUAACGAUCGUGGACACGUGUACGAUGUGUUGCGCAACUGGCCGGAAUCGGAUGUGCGUGCAAUCGUCGUGACGGACGGUGAGCGUAUCCUGGGUUUGGGUGAUUUGGGAGCUUGCGGAAUGGGCAUUCCGGUGGGCAAACUGGCCCUCUACACGGCCCUGGCUGGUAUUCCACCUCACCAGUGUUUGCCGAUCGUGAUCGAUGUCGGUACGAACAACAAGGACCUGCUCGAGGAUCCGCUGUACAUCGGAUUGCGGCAUCAGCGCGUGCAGGGCAAGGAGUACGAUGAGUUUAUCGACGAGUUUAUGCAGGCCGUUGUGAAGCGUUACGGCCAGAACACGCUCAUCCAGUUCGAAGACUUUGGUAACCACAACGCGUUCCGUUUCCUGGACAAGUACCGCAACACGUACUGUACGUUUAACGACGACAUUCAGGGUACGGCAUCGGUAGCGGUGGCCGGACUGCUCGCGUCCAAGCGAGUCACCAACAAGCGGAUUUCCGAGAACACGUUCCUGUUCCUGGGCGCCGGAGAAGCCGCGGUUGGUAUCGCUGAUUUGGUCGUGAAAGCGAUGCAGGUUGAGGGCACCGGUUUGCAGGAGGCCCGGGAUAAGAUUUGGAUGUUUGAUAUCGAUGGCUUGCUGGCGAAGGGUCGUCCCGAGGGCCGACUGGGUGGCCAUAAAGCGUACUAUGCCAAAGACCACGCUGUGAUGAAGAACUUCGCGGAUGUUGUGCGAGAGGUGAAACCUUCGGUGUUGAUUGGUGCAUCGGCCGCUGGUGGUGCGUUCACGCCCGAGAUCCUGCAGGCUAUGGGCGAGUACAACGAGCGUCCGAUCAUUUUUGCUUUGUCUAAUCCCACCUCGAAGGCGGAAUGUACGGCUCAGGCGGCGUAUGAUAACACCCAGGGCCGAUGUAUCUUCGCCUCAGGGUCUCCCUUCGCACCGGUGCAGUACGGCGGAAAAACGUAUGUGACGGGUCAAGGCAAUAACGCGUACAUCUUCCCAGGUGUGGCGCUCGGUGUUAUCGUUACCGGAACGCAUCACAUCCCGGAGGACAUGUUCCUGAUUGCCGCCCAGGCGGUUGCGGAUCGUGUGUCCGUGGCGGAUCUGGAGAAGGGCUCGCUUUAUCCACCGCUAAGUGCCAUUAAGGAGUGCUCCAUGGAGAUCGCCGUCGGUGUAACGAACUACGCAUAUCAGAAGGGACUCGCAUCGACGUACCCGGAGCCCGAGGAUAAGGAGACGUACAUCAAGUCGCACCUGUACAACUACAACUACGAGAGCGCCAUGCCCGUCACCUGGCCGUGGCCGAAGCAGCAGGAUACCACGAAAACCAGAGAAAUCAACCCAACCAAACUGCAAGCGUAAACUGCGGAACGGUCGUGGAUGAUACUCGGUUCCAUCUGCAUCAGUUUCCACCAGUAUUUAUGUUUGUCCGCUUUAUUAGGCCAUUUAUUUAUUUUAACCAUCGUUCCGUUUGGGGUGUCUGAUACACGCGCAGUUCGAAUCGGCCCCGUACCCCAUUCUGCAACCGGUGCACCUGGAAGCCGCGCGGAUGCACACCAAGAUAGUGCGAAGUAGCAACAAUGUUCCUUUUUAAAGUAAUAACCACAGGAUCCACUCGUAUCCCUUACGAUUAGACUUAAAUCCCCCGUGAUUGGUUGGAAUUUAUCACAUUGUAAUCCGAUGGCGGAUUUAAAAAAAACAAGCCGAUAGAACAAAACAACAGAUCCGUUAUAGAUAAAAUCGUUAUACCCAUGCAAAGGAACGUAAAUCGGGCUGGAAGGCAGCGUUACGAUUGGAGGCUUGAAAGGAUGUGCGUGCAAACUGCUGCCACGUGCGGCUCAGACCGUUUGGAUUCAAAGAUUUCAACCGACUGUGCUGCCACUACUGUUUGUUGUCAAAUUGAACGUUUCGGACGCUAUCCGAGGUAACUGCGGUAGGAGAGUAUUCGAAAUAAAUUGUAUCGUUUUACCCAACACGAUCGCUACUCUGCAAUAAGAGUGAAUGUGAGUGUA